UGCGGAGCCUGAGUUUCAAGAUGAGUUUUUUCAAUGUUCUGUUUCAAAAAAUAUCUUUUCUGUCAAAGGUCAGAGAAGAUGCACCCAAAAAACACCACUGGAUACCCAAAAGAAAAAGAACAGAAUUCGGAUCACAAAUGGAGGCAUUACUUAUAGUGUCAUUAAGAUUCUGGCCCAUGCCAUAAACGCUGCAAUGUCCAAUGUCAAGAGGAGAAGAAAGGAGGGAGAAGAGAGAUUGGGAACUCCAAGGCUGCAACCGUGGAAGUUUCAUCCAUUCCUAAAGAAGAAGGAAUUGUACAAUCUUUCUCUGCUAAAAGUGUACUUGGAUCAAAAUGGAGAUGUUGUAGCAGAUCUGGACAUCAUUAGUAGGGUGGUUUUGCCCAAGGACGAUCCCAUCGACAAGGAAUUGGGGAGUUUUGAAAGGCAGAGACUUAGAAUCAGCCAAGAUGCUUUGUCACAGCUAAAGUUGCUCAACAAGUCUCUGCCUCAGUCCAAAUGUGUGGAAAAAUGUCAACCUGGAUUUGUGAAGAAGGCUCGAGAAGGAGAGCCAUUUUGCUGCUACGACUGCAUUCCUUGUCCAGAAGGGACCAUCUCCACUCAGGAAGAUACUGAAAAAUGCACCAAGUGCCCAGAUGAUCAAUAUCCAGCCAAGAACAGAGUCCAAUCGGAAAAAGCCAUGCAGGAAAACUCCCUGGGAGUUCCGGGACUCCCUGCCACUGCCGCCGCUUUGCCCCCCACCCCACCCCAGCUGACGAUCUCACCUCGGACCCUCAGAGCCAUUUAA